AUCAGCGCCUGCCCCAGCAAUUUCAGAGCAUUUCCCAUCUGAUCCUCUCGUAAUUGUGGUUAAUCAUCUUGGCGAAUGUGCAGAAAUUUGCAAUCAGCUGGAGCAUUGCACAGGCUUUGAUCCCGGGCUGUAGAGCAAGUGCCAGGACGGUUUGGCACAAUGAUUUUCCAUACAGGGCCUUAGCAGCGUGGCAAAAUUUGGCUCUUUCUUGCUGCCUCUCCCUUCCCCCAGCCCCUUCACCUCUGGAAGACCUGAGCUGGCUUCCUUAGCCCCGGGCAUUUCCUCCCUUCUCCCACUUGCUGCAGAAGGGCCAAGUCCGCCAUGGCCGGGGACAGAUUUCCACGCCAAGUGAUGGAUUCCAAGAAGCUUGCCAGCCUCUUGAGGAGUGGGGCCGAAGGUAUGUUGGUCAUUGACAGCCGCUCCUUUGUGGAGUACAACUCCUGGCAUGUCCUCAGCUCUGUCAACAUCUGCUGCUCCAAGCUGGUCAAAAGAAGGCUUCAGCAAGACAAGGUAUCCAUCACAGAGCUCAUCCAGCCAGCCUCCAAUAUAAAGGUAGAGGCAGAAAAGCACCAAGAUGUUGUGGUCUAUGACCAGAGCACACGGGAUGCAAGUGGUCUGUCACCUGACAGUUUCCUCUCCAUUCUCCUUGGCAAGCUGGACAGCUGUUUCCACAAUGUGUCCAUCCUCACAGGGGGCUUUGCCACCUUCUCAUCUUGCUUUCCAGGACUCUGCGAAGGGAAACCCACAGCCAUCCUGCCAAUGAGUAUCUCCCAACCAUGUAUGCCCGUGGCCAAUGUUGGCCCAACUCGCAUCCUUCCUCAUCUCUAUCUAGGCUCCCAGAAAGAUGUCUUAAAUAAGGAUCUGAUGACCCAGAAUGGGAUAAGCUAUGUCCUCAAUGCCAGCAACUCUUGUCCAAAGCCAGAUUUCAUCUGUGACAGUCACUUCAUGCGCAUUCCUGUCAACGACAAUUACUGUGAGAAGCUUCUUCCAUGGCUAGACAAGUCCAUUGAGUUCAUCGACAAAGCCAAGGUAUCCAGUUGCCAGGUGAUUGUGCACUGCUUGGCAGGGAUCUCCCGGUCUGCUACCAUUGCCAUUGCAUACAUCAUGAAGACCAUGGGAAUGUCUUCUGACGACGCCUACCGGUUUGUCAAAGACCGACGUCCCUCCAUAUCUCCCAACUUCAACUUCUUGGGUCAGCUCCUAGAGUAUGAGAGAAGCCUGAAACUGCUUAAGGCUUUGAAAGCCCAUGGGGAAAAGAGUGAGGAGGAAUCGCAGCAAGACCCACCUGAAGGCAUCCGUCACCAGACUCUGUCUACCUCAGAAAAGGCAGAGGAGCUGUUAAGAAGCACAGCCUUGGAAAGUUCCUCAGUUGACUCCGAGAGACCAUCAGGGGUUCCCAAGGUUGUCUCACCUGCGGCAUUACAGCAAGGACUCAACGGGCUACACUUAUCUUCAGAACGCAUCCAAGACACCAACCGGCUGAAGCGCUCCUUCUCCCUGGACAUCAAGUCAGCCUACUCUCCAAGCCAGAGGCAGGAUGCCCCAGGACCUGCAGAGGCAGGGGAAACUCCCAAGCUCUGCAAGUUGGACAGCCCUUCAGGUCCCAACGGUACAUGUCAGUUCUCUCCCCUUCCUGACAGUCCUGACUGGUCCAGUGGGCCCGACUUCCUGCUAGAGGCCAAAGUACGACAGAGGCGCAAGCACAGGCACCAAGCAGGCUCCCCCGCCCACGGGCUGAGCCUUAACUUCACCGGGGUGUGUGCCAUGCACAAAAGCACCAGUGUGGAGGACAGUCUCAAGCAGACCCUUCGGCUGAGCCUCCCCAGCGUGGGGCAGCAGCUGGCACAGCCAGCCACCACCCCAACCCCUGCUGGGUCCUGGGGUGUGCACUUGGAAUCGCCCGGCACCCCCUCAUCGGAGAACCCCUGGUACUUCAGCACGGACUCGGCAGCAGGCAGCAAAGGCAGCGGGAGCGGGGCUCUGUUUGCCAGCGCCACCAGUUACUCUUCAUUCAGCUGCAGCACAAUCCAGGCCAGCUGUGAGAUCCGGCUGAGGGACAAGCAGCGAGCGGAGCAGCGGGACGUGCGGCACAGUUGGCACGAGGACACCACAGCCGAGAAGCAGUUCAAGAGAAGGAGCUGCCAGAUGGAGUUUGAGGAGACCCUGUCUGAGAGCCGCUCUCGGGAGGACCUGGGCAAAAUCAGCAAACAGUCUAGCUUUUCAGGCAGCAUGGAAAUCAUAGAGGUGUCCUGACAUUCACCUUGUGAGAUUUGAGAGCGAGUGUGCGUGCAUUGGUGGGUGGGCGGGGGAAAGCUGGCAAAAGAUAUUUAACUGGGGAGAAGAAGGGGCGGGUGGGGCGGGAGCGGGAGCAGGGGUGGGUGUGGGAGCGCUAUUUAUAUGCCUGUGUGCAUUUCCAAAGGGCACACAUGCUAAAACCGAAGGCGAAGCUAAAUAAAUCCAAAGUCAAGAAACAUAAUGGUGCAUGCUUAGUGCCCCCUUUGGUCCCUGCCUCCACCACCAAGAUGAACCACAGCCACAUUCCCUCUUUGGCAGGUGGAGGGUCCAUUAACACUUUGCAUCUGGGAUCCUUUGCUUCUGCAUGCGGAUAGUGCUUCCCCAUUUCCCACCCCCUUACCGGGGAAUAUGGAGAGCUGUGGUGUGACGUCAAAGAUGGGGUGAAAGAGAAACUGUGGAGGUAUUAGAUUUGUAAGACUUCCACCGAUUGAAAGUUUUCCUGAAGGAAGAUUAUUGUUUUGAGCUGCAGAUUUGCAUUGGGGGAAGUUAAAGGGAAGCAGGUUCUUUUCUUUUAAGAGUGCUUUACCAAUUGUUAAUAAUACAUUCCUACCUAACCUAUAGGAAAUGACUAAGAUUUUGUCCAUCCCCUCCCAUUACAGGAAGGGAGUUGCCCUUCCAUUCCAUCAGGGUUGGACAUUAUAUUGGUGGCUCCUUCACUGAUUGGGGUGCAGAGACAUAGAAGGACUAAUUUUCUGAGGCUUUCCUCUGUAUCUCUCCCCCACCCACCAUCCAUACUGAGCAUGCUCCUCAGUGUUUCUCUGGCUAAUAUUCUUUGAUGCUGCACUAGAGCAGCCCUAUACAUAUAUAAAUAUAUAUUAUAUAUAAUAUAAGAGAGAGAGAGAGAGAGAGAACACAAAGACAAAGUUUAAAUGGUUUUACUACAGUUUUUAUUGAGACAAAUAAUAUUUCAACUUUUCUUUUUAAUUUAUUUGAAGCUGUUCAUUCUGGCAAUGAUUUUCAGACAAUGUAGGGGCGGUACUUCCAGCUCUGUUUUUACUGUGUAUCGUAUUUAAAUCUGAAACAAGAGUUUCAAAGCAAUAUCCUAGGCUUGUGGCUCAUUCUAUGACUCACAUCAGUGGCACAGACAUCCCAAAAAGUUGGAUGAGAAAUCUGUGUGCGUGCGUGUGCGUGUGUGUGCGUGUGUACGCACUUUUAUUUAAAAGGAAAAGUGAGAAUAUGUUCAACACAAACUGAGCCAGGAAUCCUUCUUAAUGCUUAUUUAUCCUACUUCCUACUUCUAUCGCAUUUGCAAUCAAAGCCAUAAAACUUUCCCCUGCUGGGCUCGGGUGGGGGAUCGUGGGGUUGGGGUUGUGAGGCCAGGCACUUGUGUAGCUAUUAAGAAAAGGGAGUCCUCGAGUAAGGAGGGGGCAGCAGGCUGCAUCGGCAGAGCUAUAUUUGAGUUUUCUUCCCUUUUCUUUAAAUUGCUCUCUAGAGAGGGAGCAUAUCAGACCUGGGGUAGAAUUCCCAGGGGAUGUAUCCCUUUCCAGUAGCUCAGGGCAUCUCCUAGAUGAGUUAAGGUGACAAAUGGGUCAUCCCCUGCCCUUACAAAUGGGGGACUAUUGUGAAUGGUCAUUCAGAUGCUGCUUUUACUCAAACAGUGUUAGAACUGGGCUCUCACAGGUUUUGUGGAAGGGGUUGGGUUGGGGUAUAGCUUUCGGACCUAAGACCUGCUUUUGUGGUACUAGAAUACAAAUCCCUUUAAGGUCCUCAGGCCUGUUGUAGAGAUCCCAUUGCAAGGUAGUGCCCACUUACUAUUGCAAGAGUUGGUACUUUGGCUCCAGUACUCUAGCAUAAAUUCUGUGUUUAGUCUAAGUACACACAUGCCAUCUAACAGAGUUCCUGCAAGCAUGGAUUUCCCAGUGAAUGCAGAUCUGCCAGUGAGGAAGCAGCCCAGAGACAAAGUUGAGCCAGCAAAAGACCACACUAAAUAGCCUUUCAAGCCAGGAGGCCCUAGAAAGGACAGGUAGUGUUUGAGCUGUAGUGUGAAGGAUGCAGCAGUCCAUCCUCAGUUCCCACCUUCUGCACUCAUCAUCCGACAGCCUCUUAGCAUUUUGGUAAGCAGUUCCCUUUGACUAUGGAUCUUAUUCGUCUUGUAUUUGAGAAAACCAGAGGCUUGGCUUGGAUAUUUCCAGCACAAGAAAUCUAGUUCUAAAAGCCACACCUGACUUUCCUUGUUGGGAAUUGUUUGGAUGGAAUAAAUCCUCCUGCCAAGGAUUUCUUUUUUUUAAUGCAGAGAAAUAGAGAAAGGAUUCAUCCAGCACCUUCUUUAAAAUGAAGCCAAAAGACAUUGAGCAAGGGUAGGCCAACUCAAGACAGAAGUGGAUAAUUCAACACACCACCACCAGUGUAAGAAUGAGUUAAGUAACUUACAAUUUGUCAUUCUUCACUGGCAGACUUUUGCUCACCCAUUUCAGCUGCCCUCCAUCCAACACCCUCCAGAUCUGUUGGACUCCAGCUCCCACUAUCUUCAGCUAUGCUGACUGGAGGAUUUGGAAAGUUGUCCCCCAGAUGUGCUGAACUUAAACCAGGUUGAGGAAGGCUUUGUGCUUUGUUGUAAGGAGGGCUCCCAGUGAGGAAGGAGCAAGAAUUGGUUUCCAUUACCCACAUUAGGGCAGAGUCAAUAUUAUGUCCCUCACAAGGCGGUUGCUUAAAAGAAUGGCUGUGCGCAAUGCAUGGUUUUCCAGAGGGGUAGUAACAUUGGUCAACAGCGAACUGUGCAGAUGGGUCCAAUCACAUGGAGAGUUUCCAUCUCCCAGUGACUGCUGGUGUGAAGGCUAUCCAUAUGAUUGGGCUACUGGUCCAUAUGGUAUGUAGGAAUUAAGAAAUAUUACAGCCUCUGCAUGAAGUAUUUUUCAAAGACUUCCACUGGGAUCUUUGUAUUUUUUACACUGGCCUUCACUGGUACGAAAUGGAAUCCUAGAGCAGGAGAAUAAAUGAGCAGGUCAGAACGGAAGAGUGGAAGGGGGCGGCAUGGAUUUGCUCUGUUAGCUGUGCUGUACUUCUUCCCUUAUGGGGGCAGCAGAGGCAUCAGUUCAAAAACACCCUACACUGAGACUUUGCAUUGCUGCUUCACCCUUUGGGAACAAAGACACAGAGCUGUCUCUCUGCAAGCUGAAAGCACAUCUUUAUGUAACCAAUUUUGCAUUUGCUCCUUUUGUAUCACAUGCUGGUUUUUUGAGCCAAUACCUCAGGGUUCUUUGUGUCACUUUUUAAAAAAACAAUUUAUUUGAGAUUCUUUUAAGUUCAUUUUCCCAUUUACUUUCUUGUUGAAUUGUAAUUUAAAAAAUAAGUCCUACACAAAACAAAAAUAACAAUCUCAGGUUCAAAACUUGCAAACAAACAAAAAUCACAGGGAGUGAGAGUAACACACUUUUACAUAGGGUUUUAUGUUCCUUACUAUAGAAAUUGCUGUAUGUACUCUACAAAGACACACAGUAGAGACCUCAUGAUGCUUAUUUUACCAAGCUAUGUUCAAAUGAGAUGCUGCAAGCUCAGAAGUGAUCCUGCUGACCUUUGUAGUGUUUUGGAAGUAGUGUGGCAGAGAACCUGGGCAGAUUUGGGUUCAUACAUUGGGAGUUCAGCCAUUAAAACAAAUCCAUUGACCCCCUCUUAGGAUGCAAAGAAGAUUAUACCCUUCAACUGUUGUUCAAUCUGUCUGGAGUCUGGUUGCAUGUUCACAGAUGCCAAAUCAGGAGCAAGCAAUAUGGUCCUUCAGAAGUUUUGGCCUGUAACUCCCAUCAUAUUUCACUAUUGGCUGUGCCGGUUAAGGAUGAUGUAAGUCAGCCCAUGCCACAACUUUAGGGGGACCGUAUGUUGCCUAUCACUGGGAUAAAAGCUCAGAAUCCUCAUUUCAUCUAUAAGCACGCAUCAAAGUUGUGGCAAGAAAAUGUGGUUCAGAUAUGUUGACCAGUAUUAAAUUAUCUUGGUUAUGUGCUCCUUGAGUCUUCCACCUGAUAUGUAUGAGGAAAUACUCUAUUCUACUCCUUUUUGAGAGACAGUCUGUCUAGUAAAUAUUACUCCAAGCUUAAGGGUGGCUCAGUAGUGAUUUUUCAGUUCCUAGUGGUAAAUCUGCCAAUUGUUGGAUAUGUGUCCCAAACUUCGUGAAGCUAAUACUGGCACAGAUGCGGGUUUGCCCAUUUUAUCAUCACAACAACCCUGUGAUUAAGGGUUUCUCCUUCAACUGCAUUUACAAUUAGGAUAGGUAGAAAAUGGCAGUCCGUGCACCCAAAGCCCAACUUCCUUGCACAGCCCUACCCAUUAAGAACUGCUCUAUGCAUCUCUUCAGUGCCUCUUUUUCUGUGGGACCAACAGGAUAAGAACAUCCUAUUGCUGAUGGGAACACAUGCUGCUACAGGGAAGAACAGUUUGUGAUCUAGGUGAAGCACUGCCAUCACAAACAGUGGAAAAAGAUUGUGCACAGUAAACAAGAAGGAUGAAAUGUAUAAAGCUUGGCAGUCCGUCCCCAGGGUUUCAUCCUGCCGCAACUAAAUUGCAGCCCUAGCUUCUAUUGCAAAAGUACACAAGGGAUUAAAAAAUAGCUAUUUACAUGCCUUGUGGAUUUAUAAAAUGGGUUCAAAGAUGCACGUCAGCAUCCUUGGGAAAUGGUAAUAGGGAUUGGCCUGGAAAACACUACCUCCUUGGCCAUGACGUGGAUGCAGUGACCCUGUUCCUUGGCAUUUGGAUCAAUUUGUGAGGUAUUGUGACAUCACUGCAAUGCAAGCCUGAUUCGUACCGUUCUUUGGAGCUGUAAACUGAGCCCACGUCUAUAAUUCUCAGCUUAUACUCUGAACCAGGCAUGCAGAACCUCAGGCAAAGGGACAAAAUCUGCCCAUCAGGUGAUCCCAGGCUGCCGGACCCCUCCCUAGCUCCACCCCUUUCCCUCAAUCACAAAUCUUGAUGGUUUCCCAAAUUUUGUGCAGGUCUUUUCCUGGCUUAAAAGGUUUAAGUGCCUCUCCUAUGCCUUUGUUACUGGCAAUAAGAACUUUAAGCUGAAGUUUGUCAGUAUUCUGGCCCUAUCUCGUCUCCCCACCCCCAGAAGUAUGGCUUCAAAGAAUGCUCUGGAGCUAAAAGAAGUUUGACAUGCCUGCUCUAAACUUAGAAUAUUCUCAGUGUUGUCCUCUGCUUUGUUACAUAGAUUUGCAGUUUGGACUCUACUUUUUAAAAAAGCUAUUCUGUAUUACCAGUGUACAGAUUUUCCAAGGACCCCAAGGACAGAAUCAUGAAAAAGAUUACAUGCUGGGAUUACAGAAAAGUGCUACUGUGAAUCCUGUCAGACAAAACUUCGUUCAUUUCACAACCUGACUUAAGUCAUCACUGCCACUUCCUUGCACACUUGAGCAACAAACCUGUUCAGUAUGGAAAGAAAGUGAACAGUUGCUGGCUUUGAAGAGCUGUCACCUGCUGUCAUUCUGGAGAAAUAGAUCACCCCAAAAUAAAAAGGUGUCUUGCAGGGGAGAUAAUGUGGGUAUUCAGGUGAGCCUGCCUGAUAAUUUGUUUCAUGGGGAUUGGGGGAACAGGCCAAUCUGAGCUAAAAGGAAAUCUGAGCUGAAAGUUCCAUUUGGAACUUUUUUCUGUGAACAUUGCAGGAUAAAUAGACAAAAAAAAUCUGGUAAUUUUCAAGCAGAGCGAGAAGAACAUCAGGUAAUACAGAGUCACUUAAAAUGGUGAAAAAAUGCGUCCUCCCUCUAAGGAUCAAUUUGUUUUUCUUUUUUGCUGACCUUUGAUAUUUUCUUUUUACCAGGUCCACAUAGGGCUACCUUACCAUUAGGAACAGUACCUUGUAGAGAAUCUUCACCUGUAGUGAAAAUAGAAAUAAUCCACUAAGCUUGUUCUACUGAGCUCAGCAGACAUCUCUGCCCUGGUUAGAUAGCCAGAUAGGCCCUGUGGGUUGAUUAACCACCCCGGUGCCACAGCACAUGUUCAUCUUUAUGAAUAUGCAAGCCUUGGCUGGGGUUGUGGUGUGGCUUGUGUCAUGUGAGCCUGACCAGCAGGGUUUAUUUGAGGGUUGAACAACAUUUGCAGAACCCAUGGUUUGUUUUCAGGGUGUGCAAUGGUGGUUUAACUUGCAUGUAACCCCCACUCACCAGGGUUGCAUCACAUGACAAGCCACAGUAAUUCCUGUCCCAUGCUUCUGUAUUCAUAAGUGCAUCUGGCAUACACCACAGCUCCUCACAGGGAGAUUAACCCACAGUACACUGUCAUUGUGUGUUGACUUGACCUAUGUACCUUCUGUAGGUUCUGAGUCAGAACUCCAUCAAUUUAGUACAGCUUUACCUUGAAAAAAAACAUAGUAUUAUUUAUUACGAGUAUAAUCAUUUAAUUCCCUGGUUCUUGUCAACCAACACAUUGAUGCUGAAGUAUCAGCAGCAGCAUCCAGGUCUGGUAUGUUAAUUCUUUGUCUACACUGGGGUGGACAACUUCUGGCCUUCCAGUUGUUGCAGCACCCUUCAUCCCUCACCAAAGGCUAAGCUGCUUACAGAUGGCUAUUUUGAUUUGCAAUCCAACAUCAUCUAGUGGGCCAGAAGUUGCCCACCCUUGAUCUUCAUGGGUGUCUGUAGUAUAGUCACUUGAGUUAAUAGCAGCAUUAGUGAGAACCAAAGCCACAUGCAUGAAUUCAGAAAUGGGAGUCUGGGAACUCCAAAUAGAUUAUGCUUGUGGGCAAUCAGAAUAAUAUUAGAUUGUCUGUGUUGCUGUGAAACAAGCUUCUUCCAGGAUGCAAAUAAGGGCUUUGAACUUUGUUUAAAGGUAAGGACAACAACAACAAUCCUCAGAUGCUGCAACCUGGACUUAAGCCAAGCUCCAUGUAGAGCUGAAUGUUUGUGGGAAACACAGGGUUAAGGAGUCAAUAAUACUAAUCUUGAAGCCCAAAAUCCAAGCCUGCCUUACCAUGGUGUAGUUUACUGUGGGAGGCAGAUUCUGGAGAGCUGCCAUUUUCCUGCCACUAACCCUCCACCUCUGUGUCUUAAAAAAUAAAUAACAGCAGUGUACCACUUUGACUUCACUUUAUAUGCAAAAAUAGAAGGCUGAAACCACCCAGGACUUACAUUGUGAAUUUCUGGCUUACAGCAUCUUCUGCUUGUGACAAAAAGGGGUUUUGUUUUAAGUCUGUGCUGUGCUUCUUUGCCCCUCUACCUGUUCUCUCAUGUGUGAUCUCUGGUUUUAUUUAUUAUUUCUUUACCUUUUGUUUCUCCCUGUAGCCCAUGUGCUCUGUCUCCUCUACUGGACAUCAACCCCUUAUAAAAGGAGAUCUUUCUUGCUUUCCUCCUGAUCCUAAUGCUAAUGAUAAUAAGCUAUCAAUGUUGUAAUUGCAAUGUAUGAAUUACAGUUUUAAGUAUUUAUUAUAUUAUGUAAUUUUGCUUCUGUGUAUGUUGAUCUUUGUUUCUCUGUUGUGAGUAUAUGCAGACCUUUUCCAUCUCUGCCUUCCCUGGCUCCAGUCAUAGGAAAAGGCUGGUCAGUACUGUGGCAUGCCCGGUCAUUGGAUGUCUUGAUUCAGAGGCGAUAGAGAAGGAUCUGUGCUUGUGGAGUUUGGAGAGGUGUAGACUCUGCAAAGUGCUGCCAUAAGCAGAAGCUUUCUCAAAUCUACUGAGGUUUGUAGGGAGAAAGAGCAUUUUAAAAUAAUUUCAUACGGUUAAGUAGUACUUCAGGAGAUACAGUAGCAAUGUGUUCCAGGUUUCUUGUAUCCCAGAGCAUGUCUGCAGCACAAACCGUUUUCAGUGUGAUGAAUUUCUCCACAGGUAACCCUAGAAAUUGUAGUACAAAUGUAAAGAACUCAAAACAAAAAAUUAUUUGCAUCCUCAAGAAACUGAUGUCCACAUUUCCUUUGAAGCCACAUUGCAAUAUCAGUAGCUAUAGUAUAGAUUGACCCUCAGUAACAGAAGCCAGAAACUGUGCUUCUGCCAGGAACAGUUUAAAUGAUGUAGCAUUUAGGCCCCAAAUCCCAUCAGAAAGCCUGUGUGGAUUUGACUGCCCUCUAGAAUUUCCAUUCUGCAUUACGAAUUAGAUUGCCUAGGGUUCAGUUUACAUUGGUCUGUACAGGCUGCAGGAGACCGACAGUGGAAUCCUCUGGUAGCUAGACUGCACCUGGAUGGCCAGAAGAUUAUUCAGACUCCUAGCUCAUGCUGGAAACAACACUCCAAUCUUGGAACUACAAUUCUGAGUUUGAAACAGCCUCCCUCCACCCUGCUGGUAGGGAAACAGCUGCGCCAGCUGCUUCUGUAAGGUCACAGAUGCAACCUUGGAGAAAGUGUUGAGUGGGUGUUCUGGGGCUGGGGAGAGGAGCAGAGGAGACCAGUGGCACCAUGAUGUGAGAUGUCCUGGCAGUGCCUCAGCUUCUUUCCCUCCCACUAUAACAUUGAGCAAAGAUUGGUUGCCUGGAUAUUUUGCAGGGUGGAAGAAGUGCAGAGGCAACCUUUGCCUUAGUGCUUCUCUCACCCUGCAUAGGAUGACCAUAAUCCUAUGAGUUCAAAGUGUUAUGAACAUCUAGAUUGGCCUGAUCCAGAGUGAUUACUUGGGUGUAAGGACAUUGACACAAUGGAAGCUUAAAGCAUUUCUUGCAUGACUUAAGUCCAUAAUGCCAAUGUAAAAUACUGAUCCCUUCCUGGUUUCUCUUCCACAUUAGCAAACGUCAAAAUCCCAUCUACAGCAAGAGAGGGUCAUAGGUGAUUCCAUUCUAAAGUCUUACAGAUUACAGCGGAACACUUCUAAGUAAAUGUAUUUAGGAUGACAGCCCUAAUAAGACCAAAAGUUUUCAGGUAUUUUUAUAUGGUUCCAGAUUAUGAGCAACUCUGAAACACCUCUACUGUACUGAAGAAACUGAGGUUUGUUGCUGCUUGGGAAGAGACUUCCCAUCUCCCGCCUGCACCCCAAAUUUGUCAAUGGCUCUGGGGUGGCAAAAGCUGCCAAAUGUGUUUUUACUGGUUACUGUUAUCUCAACAUUCCUAUAUUGCUAACAGAGGAAAGGAGCAAGUGUUUCCCUUCCUAGCAUUGGAAAUGAAUAUCAGUAUUGCAGAAAGCAUCUAUGGAGAAAGCCCUUUUGCCUGUGUGCCUCCUGUAAGUCACCUUCCUGCCACAGUACUUUCCUAACCAAUCUUGGUAAGAAUUCAUUUAGAACAGCCAUAGACAGUGUUUUGCCAUUAAAAGCAACAACGCUGCAUGGGUUGUGGGAGGAGGUGCAGAAUAUGGACUUCCCAUCGCAGUUUGUCACAUCACUUAUUGCUGCUCAAAAUUCUUUUGGAAAGAGUUGAGAAAAUGAGUUAGCCUAACUUCUCAGGAGGCAUGCAUAGAGUCCCUUUUGUUCUCUUGUCUGCAGUUCCACAUUUCUAUUCCAGAAGCUCUCCUAUCUUUUAAACGUUCUUGGACAGAGAUUAAGCAGGGGGUGCAAUGUCAGUCCACCUCAUACAGGUGCAGAACUGUGAAAGUCCUUAUACAGAAGAGGUGCACAGGAUGUUUGCAGAUGGGGCGAUUCAUUAGCGAGGACCACCCUUGGAUUGGGGAUUGAAAAUGGACAUCUGUGUAUUCCAGAAGUUAAUUCUGAGUACUGUGCGGGGUGGGGUGGGACAGGGCUGGGUAGGGAUAGGCAUCUUGCAUCCAGUCUGUGCGUGUGUUCCCUCCCCUCUCUCAUGAGUCAUGGUAACCAAAAUGCAUUGUCCCCUUCUGCCUGCUCAAGGAAUGCUGACUUUGGAUGUUGCUUGGCAGGGCUGAAGUGAUGCACUCUGCCCCUGCUUUGACUGUAGUUAUUUAUUACUGGAGGCUGUAAACAGCAGUGCUUUUUUACCCUCUCUUUCUUUUCCUUUCUUUUGUAUUUGGGAACAAUGUGUUGUAAUAAAUUCCUAAUAGAUGUUUUAA